AAACAACAGGCGCAGUUCCACAGCAAUGGCCACAAGUGUUCCCGACUGUGCCCGGACAAAACUCACAGCAGCGGCUGAACGUGGUUCUGUGAAGACCGGGAGACACGUCUUGCUUAUCCUGCUCGUACUUGUGUGAACAAAUCACACGUUUUCUGAGCGACGGACAGUAAAAUAAUACGAAAAUCUCAUCCACUUCGCUCUUUUUAAAGCGGAUGACAAAUUACAGAAAAAGGGAAAAGGACUACAUCUUCCACUGCUUCAGUAUGGCCCCUGAGUUGAGCAGUCUCAGCAUCAGUCCCUCCUAACACUCCAGCAGAUCUCAGGAAACACUGGAGUGCUUUGAGCGGUACACUGCUGCAGCAGGGAUGAUCACAUCCCAUAUGAACGGUUAUGUGCAAGAGGCCUCAGGCCUGAUCAGGAGCCACAGGGAGAGGGCCGUGGACUGUCCAGGGGAUGAAAGCAGCCUUGUCAAAUCUCCACAGUGCAGUGCCCACAUGGAGAGGAUCCAGCAUUACCAAGAGGAGCUGAGAAAAAGGAGGGAAGAGGACAGCAGAUUGAAGCAUGAAAUUGACCUCAACUCUUCCCUAAGGCUCAAGAAGCUGUCGCAGAACCCUAAAGUGGGCAUUGACAAUCCCACCUUUGAGGGAAAGGAAAAGGCCACCAAAGACACAUGUUCCCUGGAUUCUGUAGUCGAGAUGGAGGAGUUGCUGCAGACUCUGAAGUGGGUGCAGCACUGCUUGACUGAUGCUCAGAGCCAGCAGGAUGUGGAGCUGAUAAUGCAGCUCCUGACCAAGGAAGACUUCAGGACUGCCUAUUCAAUAUACAGCGCUGUGUCUCAGCAGAUGAGCAGAGUCAGUCCCACCUCCCCCCUUACAUCACAAGCUCAAGACCUCUGCCUGGAGGUACAGAAGAUUCUCCAGUCCAGCCAACAUAAGGAGGGUUUAGAGCUCAGAGCUCUGCUCACCAAUCCUCAUCUCCAGGCACUGAUGCAGGCCCAUGACAGCGUGGCAGUGCAGGAAAUGGCAGAGGAAAGUGUGACCCAGUACCUCGGAGAGACGGUUAAAUUAGUGCGGCUGGAGAAGGCCAGAGACACUCCACUGGGUGCAACAGUACGUAAUGACAUGGACAGUGUGGUGGUGAGCCGUGUUGUAAAGGGCGGAGCAGCAGAGCGAAGUGGCCUCCUCAGUGAAGGAGAUGAGAUCCUGGAGAUCAACGGGAUUUCUAUUCGUGGGAAACACGUCAAUGAAGUCCACGACUUGCUGCAACAAAUGCAUGGCGCUCUGACCUUCCUCCUCAUCCCCAGCUCUCAGAUUAAACCUGCCCCGCACAGACAGACUGUGAUGCACGUACGAGCAUACUUUGACUACGACCCGUCUGAUGACCCCUUCGUGCCGUGUCGAGAGCUGGGCCUGUCCUUCCAGAAGGGAGAUAUACUCCAUGUCAUCAGCCAGGAUGACCCCAACUGGUGGCAAGCCUACAGGGAUGGAGAUGAGGAAAACCAGCCCCUGGCUGGACUCAUUCCAGGUAAGAGCUUCCAGCAACAGAGAGAGACCUUAAAGAAAACUCUAACAGACAAAAGUCGAGAGCAGCAAGGGAAGAAUUGGUACCCAAAGAAGAGUAAGAAACAGAGGAAGAAGAUCACGUCACAGUCCAGCAAAAGUACAGACUACGAUGACAUCCUGACCUAUGAGGAGAUGUCGCUCUAUCACCAGCCUGCCAACCGCAAACGCCCCAUAGCUCUGAUCGGCCCAACAAACAGCGGUCACGAUGAGCUGCGCCGGAGGCUUCUUUCCAUCGAACCCGAGAAGUUUGCCGUCGCUGUUCCACAUACAACCAGGAGCCCGAGGAUACAUGAGCGGAAUGGGCGCGAGUACCAUUUUGUAACUCGUUCUGCCUUUGAAGCCGACUUGGCGACGGGAAAGUUCAUCGAAUCGGGGGAGUACGAGAAGAACUUGUACGGCACCAGCACAGACUCCGUCCGACACGUCAUCAACUCUGGACGCAUCUGUCUGCUCUGCCUGCACACAAGGUCACUGCGAGUCCUGAGAUCCUCCAACCUUAAGCCAUAUGUGAUCUUCAUAGCUCCUCCUUCUCAGGAGCGACUACGCACCCUGCUGGCCACAGAGGGGAAAACACCAAAGCCGGAGAUGCUGAAGGAGGUCAUUGAAAAGGCCCGCGAGAUGGAGCAAAAUUUCGGCCACUACUUUGAUGCGACCAUCUUGAACAUGGAUCCAGACCAGGCUUUCCACGAGCUGCGCAGGCUGAUAGAUAAACUGGACACUGAGCCCCAGUGGGUGCCCACGUCCUGGCUGUGUUAGAGGUCACUGUGUCCCAGCACCAUGAGUCGAAGGAGGUAAACAGAAGACUGGAGAGUGAAAAACGAACCAAGGACGGUUGGUAAACUGUCACUGGAAUUUGACUUGCACAUUUUCCUCGUUUGUAGAGGAGGUGAUCGUUACAGGGAUGGACUCAAUUUUAAUCUUUGAUUUUGUUGUCGGUGUGUGUGUGUCUGUUGGUGAUUUUUGUUUCUCUGUUGAUCUCAGUUUUAUGCAAAGUCAUUUAUCAACAAAAUAGAACCAUUUCUAUUCUAUGCUUAAUAGUUAUUUAUAAUUGUACAUACAUAUUUUCUAGACCAAAGGAUCAAGUGUUUUACUGUUACAGUUUGUAUGUGGGAGAGUCUUUAUGUGUUGGUUUUUAAUUGACUCCCUAAUGAAGCAGCAGAUCAGAAACUCUUUAGGUACCAAACAGAAGAGAAGCAUCAGUGCUUUUUGCAGGGCACCGUCUUCCACUCAGAAGUGCAGGAGAGAGAUCUGCUGUAAUCUGCACAGCUUGGAGGUACUUCCAUUGUCAGUAUUUUAUUUUGUGUCUCAUUUUAUGAUUUUACGCUGUGAUAACAAACCACUGUAGCUGGUUGUCGUUACAAACAGUAAUGCUGCUAAGUACUGCCGAGUGUCUGGUUUUAUUUUUUUUUUGUUUUUCUAUCAGUAUUGAUAAGAGCUGUUAUCAGUUAGUGUGAUUCCAACAAAUACUGUAUUGAUUCUUUGCAGUUCAUUUGCAAAUUCAUAGGCACAAUUUUGUGCUCAUGAAUUGUUAAUAAAAUAAAACACAUGUGAACAAGUCA